UUCCUGCGCGUAGCCAAGGAAAAUUAGAGCCGGAGGUCCACUUUCCCCUCUCCCAAACAAACCAAGAAAAAGAAAAGGAAGUGGCCGAAAGAGAGACAACUCAGUGAGGAUCAAAGAAAUGGGGGAGGAGAGAGAGGAUCCACAGAAGCUGAAGAAAAUAGCGGCGGCGGCGUACGACUACGACAACGACCCUAGAUGGGCCGAUUACUGGUCCAACAUACUAAUCCCUCCCAACAUGGCGUCUCGCCCCGACGUUGUCGAUCACUUCAAGCGCAAGUUCUACCAGCGCUUCAUCGAUCCUGAGCUUAUUGUGGAGGCUAUGGCUUCAAGCACAUCAUCCUCAUCUUCAGCAGGACCAGCAAAUGAACAAGCUCGACCACGUUCAACUACUAGGACAACAGGGUCGUCAGCAGCAGCAGGUGCAAAUCCGAAUUCCUUGCGUUGGGAUCGUCAAACAAUACAAUUUUCUAUCAAUGCUUGGGUUUCUGUUGUGGCUGUGCUUGCGAUCUUCCCACUUGUGCCUAAGAAUCUUUCGAAUAGGGCAUAUCGGCUGUCCUUUAUGGGUACAGCAUGUUCGUCUCUGUAUUCGUUGUACUCGCUAUAUGGGAGACCGAGGGCAUGGAAUUUGCAGGCGCUGCAAGUAUACUUCCAGUCAAUAAUUGCAACCAAAGAUUUUAUCUACUUCAUCUAUUGCCUAACAUUUGUCACUUCUCAUCUUUGUCUUAAAUUUGCUUUAAUUCCCAUUCUAUGCCGGGCUCUUGAACAUGUUGCUAAGUUUUUACGGCGUAAUUUUAGUCGUUCCACUUUAUACAGGAAAUACUUGGAAGAUGCUUGUGUGUGGGUAGAAUCAAACACAACUACUCUCAACAUACUCGCUUCACAUGCUGAGAUUGGACUUGGCUUUCUUCUGAUUAUCUCUUUGUUCUCAUGGCAGCGUAACAUAAUACAGACUUUCAUGUACUGGCAGCUUUUGAAGCUCAUGUAUCAUGCCCCCGCGACUGCUGGAUACCAUCAGAGUGUGUGGGGCAAGAUUGGGAGAACAGUUAACCCGCUCAUCCAUCGAUAUGCACCGUUCCUGAGUCGGCCAGUCUCUACUGCUCAACGAUGGUGGCUAAGAUAGAAGGACUUGCGCAGAUGAAGAAGAAGAAGAAGAAGAAGAAGAAGAAGAAGAAGAAGAAGAAAAUGUUCUAUAUAGUUGUUUUUGGAAGAAAAACUGAUUGCAGAAAAGAGGACCAGUGGCUGGCGUCCUGAGAUUAUUAAUAACUGUUUUCUUUCUGCGUUCACUGGUUUAUGCUUGAAACAAGAAUGAUGUUGUCUCUUCAAAUUGCCUUUUAUGCCAUGGCUAAACAAUAAGAUACUCUUAUAUGUUUUAUGUCAAGUCUUUUACCAUAGAUUGGUUAGUA